AUGGAUAUUGAAGUUGAUCAUUAUAAUGCUUUGGAUUUACCCUCCGGUAAGGAAGGGGCAAAGCUUUCUGAAAUCGAUAUAUCGAAAGCUUAUCGAAAGAAAGCAUUAGAAUUGCAUCCAGACAAGAGACUCCAUGAUCCAAUUAACGCUCACUUAAGUUUUCAAAAACUCAAGGCUUCCUAUGACAUUCUCAAAGAUCACAAAAAGAGGAAGUUAUUUGAUGAGAUGAUCCAACUACAACAGCAGCAGCAACAACAACAACAAGAUUCGAAGCGUAGAAAGACUAUGCCAGUCCCAGAACAUAUAUUUGUACCAGAUAUCAAUUUGGCUCGAUUAGAAGAAGAGGAACGAACUGCUAUAAAACUUCUAGGUGAAAUUGCUAGGAUUCGUGAACUAUUGCUUUCGAAGAAAGUGUCAUCAGAUAUGUGUGUUGACAAGGAAAAAGUGCUUAAGGUAUCAUGGAGUAAAAGCAGUGAAGAUUAUACUUGCCAAAAAUUGAAAGAGUUAUUUAGUAAUUUUGGCAAAGUUGAACAUGUAAUCAUGAGUUCGAGUUCUAAGAAGAUACGCUAUGCUCUUGUGGAAAUGUUAUCUAUAGACGAUGCAGCUAAAGCCGUCGCUUCUUGUGUCUUGCCUGGUCUCUUAAUUGUGCCUCUUGAGGUACGCUAG